GUACGUCUUUCCAUUUCUCCUUGUUGUGUGCCUUCUUUUUUCUAAAUAAAGUUGCAUUGUAAAUAAUAUUAAAAUAGAAGAGGUCACUCGGGGUACAAUGACGCUGUAUUUGGGAAGACGCAAGCUGCGUCCAGUCAGCCGUUCCUAAUGUAUCAUUAUACUAAACGGUGUGACAACUAAAAACCGGAAUUUUUGAUCGGGCGGAUCGUCUACCUUAUUCUACCUACGCACACCCUAAAAUUCAUCGCUGGCCGGAGAAGCCACCAACAGUCCGUACAAUGUGGAUGUUCGUGAUCGCCAUUGUCAUACUACUGUGUUAUUUGGUUUACGUGGACAUUAGAAAACCGAAAGAUUAUCCUAAAGGUCCGCGAUGGUACCCCAUUAUUGGCAAUUACACUCAGGUUUCCAAGGAGUUGGAAAAACAAGGAUAUCAUCACAAAGUAUGGAUGGAAUUUGCCAACGAAUAUGGUAAUAUGAUUGGUUUAAAAAUGGGAACAAUGCUACUGGUAGUAGUCAAUGGCGUCGAUUUGGUACGUGAAGUUUUGACCAGGGACGAAUUUUCUGGCCGUCCUGACGGUUUCUUUUUCAGACUACGCACUUUCGGAAAACAGAUAGGUCUUGUUUUCAGCGAGGGGUCAUUUUGGGAAAAACAACGGAAAUUUACAGUAUUCCAUUUGAGAGAUUUAGGAUUAGGUAGACAGAAAAUGGAGGCCUUGAUUCAAGAAGAAACUCACGAUCUAAUGGAAGUUUUAAAGCAGGAAAGUGCCAAAGGUCCCGUAGAAAUAAAAAACGCGUUUGAUAUCAGCGUGUUAAACACUCUUUGGGCAAUGACUGCCGGUAAACGAUACAACUUAAACGAUGAACGUUUAAACUAUCUAGCGCGUCUGGUACAUGAUUCAUUCACGAAAGUGGAUCCAAGCGGUGGUUUACUAAACCAAAUGCCACUUUUACGUUUCCUUGCUCCGAAUUUAUGCGGAUACAAUCUCGUGAGCACGUUGGUAAACAAAAUUACGCACUUUAUUAGCGAAUCUAUCAAUGAACACGUAGAUACGUUCGAUGCAGACUCGCCUCGUGACUUGAUUGAUAUGUUUAUCAAGAAAAUGCAUUCAAAAUCCGAAACGUUUACUGAGGAGCAACUAAUUUCGCUUUGCAUGGAUUUAUUCAUGGCAGGAUCGGAAACAACAAGUAACACGCUUUCGUUUGCGGUGCUUUAUCUUGCUGAAUACACCGACGUCCAGCGGAAAAUGCAGUCGGAAUUAAAUGAUGUGCUUGGAUCACGUACACCCACGCUUCGAGAUAAAAUCAAUUUGCCGUAUACAAACGCUGUCCUGUGCGAAAUCCAGCGAAUGAGUAACGUCGCUCCCGUGGGAGUGCCGCACAAAACAACGUGCAAUGUAACGCUGGCGGAUUGCGUCAUCCCGAAAGGCACGAUCAUGCUCGCUAAUUUGUUCAGCGUGCAUAUGGAUGAGAAAUUCUGGGGCGAUCCGCAUAAUUUCCGCCCGGAGAGAUUCUUGAAUGCUGAGGGACAGCUGGAAAUACCGGACAAACACUUUAUGCCUUUCGGGGUGGGCAAACGUCGCUGCAUGGGGGAAUUGCUAGCCAAGGCCAAUUAUUUUCUCGUGAUCACGACUCUACUGCAAAAUUUCCACAUUGAGAAGAAUCCAGAUGAUCCUGAAUUGAAUUUGUCUGGAAGAGACGGAUUUACUCUUUCUCCCGCAUCCACUAAAUUAAUAUUGAGUGCAAGGUAUUUGUAGUAAAUUUGACGUGCGUAAUUUUAUAUGUUUAUGCACAAAACCCCAUAAUAUCCAAAAUACAAUUUCGACCUUAUUGACGACUAGUUUCAGAACAUAA